AUGCUACACUCGUUCACCUUGCUCGUGGCUUCGCUUCUAAUUGCGGUGGCCCAUGGGAGUAUCGUUCUCUUCCCAUGGACCAGCAAUGAUGGCAGCUUUGGCAAUGCCGUUGACGCCGUGGUAGGCUUCGGUAACAGCCAACCCAUCUCGACGGACUGUGCGUCUGCGCUCAACCAAACCGUCGCCUGCGACCCUCAGAUGCAGCAGCUCGCGGCCAGCGGUUAUGUUAUUUCCUUCGAUGGCGCCAGCUCCAGUCUUUGCAACCCCCAGUGCAACGCGUCGUUGGUGUCUUACCACACGGCGGUCACUUCAGCCUGUGGCGCGUCUGGGGCUUUCGACACGUAUGCCAACACGUGGAGAGGGGAUAUCAUUUUUGAUUACUUCAACAUGGUAUGCGACAAAGAUCCCGACAGCGGUGAAUACUGUCCCGAAUGGUUGAAAGAGCAAUACGCCGCAAAUGGAAACCCGAAACUGGAGGAUUUACCAGAUGCCGUCCUCUGCAGCCACUGCCAGAUCAACAACAUGCGGACGGUUCAGAACUCGGUCUUCCUUGGCUACAACGAGGCCAUGGUUGACACAUACAAGAAGAUAUUCACACCAGACGGUGCAAACAGAACCUGUCCCUCUGGCAAGACAUACACGACCAAGCCUGGCGACACAUGCCAUUCGAUUGCCCUGGCCGAGUUCGUUGCCGAAGACACUCUGGCAUCCAUAAACGACCUCACGGCCGGCUGCACCCGGCUGACUCUCGAGGAUGACACAACCUUUAACCUCUGCCUGCCCCAGACCUGCGAGACCAUCCAAGCUGGUGUGUCCGACGAUUGCUGGAGCAUUAGUGCACAGCACAACAUCUCGGUCUCCCAGUUCAUUGCCUACAAUCCCGCCAUCAACGGCGAAUGCACCAACCUUCGGCCCAACGGCACCGUGGUCUGCGUCUCGUCACCCGACGGCAGCUACGUUCCCGUCCCACUCCCCGGGUCCAACUCGUCCUGGGCUCUCGGGGAGUACGCCGACAACGUGGUGCCCGCUCCCGGAAACACCCCCUUCGGCACCACAGACAACUGUGGCGCCUACUACCAAGUCCAGGUCGCCGACACCUGCAACCGCAUCUCCCUUGCCGCCAAAGUCUCAGUCCCCCUCUUCCAAGACAUCAACCCCUCCAUCGACGCAGAGUGCGCCAACCUGAUCCCUGACCUCUGGUACUGCGUGCACCCGACCUACGACUGGAACGUGACCUUCGACGGCGGCACCACCCCACCGUCCACCACCCUCCCACCCCCGGGCCCCACCCCAACCGGCACCACCGGCGAGUGCUACAAGUGGCACGUCAUCGUGCCCAACGACAGCUGCGCCCUCCUGCAAAACACCCUCGGCGUGACCAUGGCCCAGCUCGUCGCCUGGAACCCCGACCUCAAACCCGACUGCAGCAACCUGAUCCUCGACGACGCCUACUGCGUGCAAGGCCCGCCCCUCCCCCAAACCACCACCACCACCUCCACAACCCCCAAACCCACCAGCAGCAGCACCCCCGCCACGCGCACCAGCACGUCCACACCCCCAACCAGCACCUCCCCCGCCCCCACCUGCGCCCAAACCUACACCGUCCAACCAGGCGACUGGUGCGCCAAGAUCUGGGCGCAGUUCGGGCUGAGCGAGGCCGCCUUCCGGGCGCUGAACCCGGCGCUGAACGCGGGCUGCGACAUUGACGUCGGGCAGGUGCUGUGCGUGGCGGCGCCGUCGGCGUGCAAGAAGACGUAUACCGUCGUGGCGGGGGACUGGUGCGCCAAGAUCUGGGAGCAGUUUGGGUUGAGUGAGGGGGCGUUUAGGGCGUUGAAUCCGGGGUUGGAUGAGGAAUGUGGGAUUGAGGUGGGGGAGAGGGUUUGUGUGGGUUGA